CGUCUACUUCCUAUGUUAGCUGUCGAAGUUUGAUGUGUUGAAUAUAAUUGGCUGUUGUCAGUUCCGAAGAAAACCGAUCGUAUUAGAGUAGCUGAAUCAUUUUCGUUUCUAGAUCUGUACUGAACCCCAAUAAUAGGACACAGUAAUUGGCGAUGAGAAUGGUUGUUAAAAGUGUUGCUGAUAAGCUUAAACAACAGCUCAAACUGAUUGAUUUACUUACGUCUGUUACAUCUCGUGGAGGACAAAAGGCUGCCAACCAGCACUCUCCAUCCAACUCUGUCCUAUGCAAUCCUUUCCAGUUGAUAUUCAUCCUUUUGAUGUCUCCUUCCGAUUCCCGAUACAAUGUGUUCUUUGGUCUUCUUCAUUUACGUUUCCUUUCAGCAUUUCAAGUUAUCGCUUGCCACAUAAUGCAGUUUUUUGAUUUCCACAACGUAUGUUCUAUCACACUGGAUGAAAUGUUACCUCAUAUCCAAAUCACUAAGAACACAUUACUAUCAAUAUUCCUAUAUGAAUUUAUGUUUGCCUUCUUAUAUAAACUAUCCAUUUAUAGAAAGCUGUUCUCUGAUUGAUUGGAAAGUAAGUGGAAUUUCACUGACGUUAUUUUCAGCUUACUCCUUAACUAUAUCUACUACCAUGGAUCAACUUACUAACUUCAAUAAAUUAUCUUCGCCCUGCUUCUCACCUUACGUAUUUAACAAAUGAAAUAUAUACUAUUGCAAUAAACAUCAGCAUCGAUACGUUUCUAUUAUAUACACAAACUCGAUGUAAACUUGUCAAACAAUGAAAGUAUU